GCGCUGAUCUGAGGAACAGAAUGGCUGAGGCAGAGCCAUUUUUGGCAGAUGGCAAUCAGGAGUUAUUUCCCUGUGAAGUCUGUGGAAGACGCUUUGCAGCAGAUGUUCUGGAAAGGCAUGAACCAAUAUGUAGAAAACUCUUCAACAAAAAGCGUAAGCCUUUCAAUUCCCUGAAGCAAAGAUUACAGGGCACCGAUAUACCUGCGGUGAAGAAGGCGCCUCCAUCCCAGGUACUACUGACUCAACCUGUGAGGAAAUCUAAUUGGAGACAGCAACAUGAAGACUUCAUCAAUGCAAUUCGAUCAGCAAAACAGUGUACAAUAGCCAUUAAAGAGGGACAGCCCCUUCCACCUCCACCCCCUCCGUCCAUCAACCCAGACUAUAUUCAAUGCCCCUACUGCAUGAGGAGGUUUAAUGAAACUGCAGCCCAACGACACAUUAAUUUCUGCAAAGAUCAGUCUUCUCGCCGAGUCUUCGAUCCUGCCCAGACAGCAGCCAAACUGGCAUCCAGAGCUCAGGGUAAGAUUCAGAUGGGUCCCAAAAAGGAGCCAACUCUUACCAGUGCUGUGGGAGCUUUGCUACAGAACCGAGCCCUGGAGGCCGCCAUGAAUGGGGGGAGCUCAAUGAGACCAGGAUUAUCUAUGGAUCCUGCUUCUGGGGCAAAACUCAAACAGGGAUUCAGUAAAUCUAAAAAAGACUAACUCCUGGAGGCCAGACUGGCUCCCUACAAGUCACCAGCCUGGAUUAUUAUGUCCCCAGAAGCCACAACAGGAGAAGGAGAUGUCUUAUGUAGGCCCUGAUUUCUUUUCAAGGCAUCAUCCAGAACAAGUAAAACUUAGCUUCAACUUCCAUCCUUUGCUAUCUUGACAAAAUCAUUAAACACAUCAAUCUGUCUGAUAAUGCUUGGCUUAAAGAUUCA